AACAGUUUAUUCGGUUAUUGUUUUUAGAGACCGUAUCGCGGGGCGAUUAACUCAGGGGCACCAGUUGAGAUGCCCUUUAAAUACUUGCUGCAGUUAAAAAUCAUGACCAGUUCAACAUGGUUUCACCCGCGAAAAUGUUGUUGCAGUACCUGAUUUUUCUGUUCCUUAUGGACCACCGAAUCCAAGCCAAAGAUAGCUUUGUGAAACCCUCAGAUUUGGCUGAAUUUGUGGAUAGGAUCGGUCGCUUUCAUCGCCUUACUGCCAUCACCUUGGUGAACAGCCUCGGAUCGAUUGAUCCCAGCUAUUUGGAUGAACUGCAUCGCCUACUGAUGUGCAACAGCAGCAACCAUUUCCAUUUGGUGCCGCAAAUGACGGCCAGCGACCAGGAUUUAUCGCCUCUGCUCUUCAGUGCGCUCCAAGAUGAGGAAACGCUGUAUUUGGUCUUUGCCAGAGAUUCAAGCGACGCGGUGGUGCAGUUGCACGCAGAAAGAGCCAGGGGAAGGCGCUACUCGAAGACCAUUUUCCUGCUGAGAAAAAAGGAGUCCCUUCUGGAAGUAAAGUGUUUCUUCCAGCAUAUCUGGAAACUACAGUUCCGCUCCGCUUUGGUUGUGGUGGCUGCCCGGAAGUUUUACCAAAUGGAUCCAUAUCCUGACAUUAGAGUGAUUCACAUGCGACGACUAUCAUCUUAUGAUCCGCAUCAUCUGUUUCCGCCUCCUUCUAGAAGAAAUCUUCAAGGCUAUAGGUUGCGGCUUCCCGUUCAGAAGGACAUACCGAAUACCUUUUGGUAUCACAAUCGGAAAGAACAUUUUUGGAAACUAGAUGGCUCUGGCGGAAUUAUGAUCUACCAGUUUACGAAACUUAUGAAUUUGACCAUGGAUUUGUAUAGCUUGGAGGUAAAUGGGUCCACGCUGCUAAAUACGAAGGCUCUCGGGGAGCUGAUUGUGCGGGGUGAAGUGGAGCUGAGUCCGCAUUUGCACAACGUCCUGCAACCGAACCACCAGCUGGACUACUCCUAUCCCUCGCUGAUUUCAUCUCGCUGCUUUAUGAUCCCAUUGGACAAUGAAAUUUCAAGGAGCCUUUAUGUCGUCCUGCCGUUCAGUUAUCCGGUGUGGCUCUGCUUGCUGUUCACGCUGCUCGUGUUGGAGUUCGUGUUUGUGCGCCGUCUGAUGCCGGAUAUCCAACUGUGGUGGAUAGUGGGAGUGCCAGGAGCUGGUGGGGCCAGACGCGGGGACCUUAAACCUGGCAGGUGCAUGAUCGCCGCGCUGAUUGUUUUUGGAAUCUUUAUGGUUGUCCAGUCGUACAGCACCAAAAUCUCUUCUUUUCUGGCCGUAACUCUCACGAGCAGUCCAACCAGCAACUUGGAGGAGUUGUUCCGUCUGCCAAAUCGCAUUUUGGCGUUGCCCGGCGAUGUGGACGCAAUCGUCGGUUCCCUGGGUCAUGCAGAGCAGUUUGCCGCCAAGUUCAACCUCACAGAUCUCGAGACCUUUACCUCAAAGAGAAUCGCCAUGGAUCCGGAGUACAUAUAUCCAAUCAGCCACAAUCGCUGGAGGUUCUUCGACAUGCAGCAGCGAUUCCUUAAAAAGAAACGCUUCUUUUUCUCCAGUAUCUGUCAUGGCUCCUUUCCGUAUCAAUAUCAACUAAGGGUGGACUCCCACCUCAAGGAUGCCCUUCACCGCUUUCUGCUGCACACCAGCCAGGGCGGUCUGCAAAACCGUUGGCUGGAGACUUGCUUUCGAAGGGCCCAUCGCAUGGGCUAUCUCAGGGACUUCUCCACCUUGGCGGAGAUGGAGAAGAAUCUGCGGGUCCGACCGCUGGCCCUGAAUUUACUGGCGCCCGCCUUUAGUCUGUUUCUGUGCGGACUAGCGGGCAGUGGGAUCGCGUUCCUGGUGGAAAUCCGUAUGAGCUUCGGGUGCAGACGAAAGCCACUAAAGUCCACUAAUCGCAACCCAGGGGAUUAAUGCAUUCGAAGUAGCUCAUUCUAACCGAAAACUCUAGUCGAAAUAGAACCCAAUAUUAAGUCUAAUCUAAUUUUACGUACGAUUCACCUUAUUCCCCACCAUCCACCACCAAAAUCGCCACGAAUGAAACUCUAUCGGAUCUAACCAACGAAUCGAAAUUUGCAACCCAUCAUAUAUUUGCGUAUCCCAUCGAAUCCCAUCUAUCGGG